GUUUGCUCCUUUGGAGAUUAAAAGGAUUCCGAAUUCCGAUCAGUCCCAAUAACCCGCGUUCUGAGAGGCGGCAAAGCGGAGAAAGAAGGGGGACACGCGCACGCACACAGCCCCUCGUUCGGGGGAGUCGUGCAAAAUAAAGCCCAAAGCAACCCAGGACACCAGGGCAUCGGGAGAGCCUGAGCCCGGUAGGCGCAGCGCAGCCGGGGCCACCCGCAUCCCCGCUCGGCGAAUCGUUCGUAGGAGGAUGACGCAGGCGGGAGCCGCGGGCGGCGUUGGCCACGCGGCUCCCGAAGUGGCCGCGCGGGUCCCUCGCGUACUCCUCUGAUUCGAGCAAGCCCGGGAGGGAGACUCGGUUCCCGAGGCUCCGGGAUUGAAGGGGGGACCCAAGCGAGGGUGAAAUGGCCCGAUGACAAAGGAAAUGUGAUCCUCCUUCGCUGCCCAGGUUUCGGAGAGGACGGCCGUGAGGAGGAGGGGCGCGCGGCUCGCGCGGAACGCGGAUAGCAUUGCACGACGGCCCCGCGCGGAGCGGGCGGCCCGUACAUCCAAUAUCUUCCCGCCGAUGAAUAAUUCAGGGCGGCCCGCGGGGACCUGCGGCCCCGCGCCGCGGAGCGCCUGAGGCCGGAGAAGGGUCGGAGCGCGCGCUAGAGAGCGAGCCAGGAGGCCGGAGGACACGCGGGCGCCGGGCCGCGUGGGGCGCGCGCGCGUGUGAGCGCAUAGAGACCGCGGCCCGGCAGGGCUGCGCACGGGCGCGGAGCGUGUGGGGCGCGCGUGCGUACUUGGCACGCGUGCUUCCGCGGGCCGGGGGCCCCCGCACGAGGCGCAGCUGCGCGCCCGAGCCGACCGCGCCGCGGGGGAGGCUGCGCCUCGGCCGCCACGCAGGAGCUCCUGCCGCCGCGUCAUGCGGCGGGGCGGCCGGCGGCGCGCGCGGGGACUUGGACUGCUGCGACUCCCGGACGUUUUCCCCUCCCUCCAGGAGGCUCAAUUCAUUUAGCCGGAGGGCAAGGAAAAAAAAAAAACAACACAAGCAAGACUCGUUGGGACCAAAUUGGUUUGCGCCGCGGGGACCGGAUUCCACGGCGGACUUUGAGACUUGUGCGGGCGCUCGUUUGCUGAGGAGUAGCAGUGCAAACCCGCCCUGCCGAGGUGGCCCAGGGGUCGCCUCCACCGCGUCCUCGAUGCGCUCUGCUGAGUGAGCCGCGCGCCCUCAUCCUCCUCGCCGCGCGCCCUCUGCCCUCCAGCCCGCCUGCAAAUGGCUUCGUUCCCGGAGACCGACUUCCAGAUCUGCCUGCUGUGCAAGGAGAUGUGCGGCUCGCCCGCGCCGCUCUCCUCCAACUCGUCCGCCUCGUCGUCGUCCUCGCAGACUUCCACGUCGUCGGCGGGCGGCGGCGGCCCCGGGGCGGCGGCGCGGCGUCUUCACGUCUUGCCCUGCCUGCACGCCUUCUGCCGGCCGUGCCUCGAGGCGCACCGGCUGCCCGCUCCCGGAGGCGCGGGCCCCGCCGAGGCGCUGAAGCUGCGCUGCCCCGUAUGUGACCAGAAGGUGGUCCUGGCCGAGGCGGCGGGCAUGGACGCGCUGCCAUCCUCCGCCUUCCUGCUCAGCAACCUGCUGGACGCCGUGGUGGCCACCGCCGAAGAGCCGCCGCCCAAGAACGGGCGCGCGGGCGGCGGCCCCGGGGGCGCGGGCGGCCACAGCAACCACCGGCACCAUGCGCACCACCCGGCCCAGCGCGCCGCCGCUCCAGCGCCGCAGCCGCCGCCCGGCCCGGCCGCCUCCCCCGGGUCGCUGCUGAUGCGCCGGCCGCACGGCUGCAGCUCCUGCGACGAGGGCAACGCCGCCUCGUCGCGCUGCCUCGACUGCCAGGAACACCUGUGCGACAACUGUGUCCGCGCGCACCAGCGCGUCCGCCUCACCAAGGACCAUUACAUCGAGCGCGGCCCUCCGGGGCCUGCGGCCGCCUCCGCGGCACAGCAGCUGGGGCUCGGGCCGCCCUUCGCGGGCGCGCCCUUCUCCAUUCUCUCGGUGUUCCCGGAGCGCCUCGGCUUCUGCCAGCACCACGACGAUGAGGUCCUGCAUCUCUACUGUGACACCUGCUCUGUCCCCAUCUGCAGAGAGUGCACGCUGGGCCGCCACGGUGGCCACAGCUUCGCCUACCUCCAGGAUGCCCUGCAGGACUCUCGGGCACUCACCAUCCAGCUGCUGGCUGAUGCCCAGCAGGGCCGCCAGGCUCUCCAGCUGAGCAUCGAGCAGGCCCAGACUGUGGCAGAACAGGUGGAGAUGAAGGCGAAGGUGGUCCAGUCUGAGGUCAAGGCCGUCACAGCUCGCCACAAGAAGGCCCUGGAGGAUCGGGAGUGUGAGCUGUUGUGGAAGGUGGAGAAGAUCCGGCAGGUGAAGGCGAAGUCUCUGUUCCUGCAGGUGGAGAAGCUGCGGCAGAGUCUCAGCAAGCUGGAGAGCACCAUCAGCGCCGUGCAGCAGGUCCUGGAAGAGGGCCGCGCCCUGGACAUCCUGCUGGCCCGAGACCGGAUGCUGGCCCAGGUGCAGGAGCUCAAGACCAUCCGAGGCCUCCUGCAGCCCCAAGAAGAUGACCGCAUUAUGUUCACGCCCCCUGACCAGGCCCUGUACCUCGCCCUCAAGUCUAUUGGCUUUGUCAGCAGCGGGGCCUUCGCCCCGCUCACGAAGGCUACAGGAGAUGGCAUCAAGCGUGCCCUUCAGGGGAAGGUGGCCUCUUUCACUGUCAUGGGCUACGACCACGAUGGUGAGCCCCGCCAUUCGGGAGGUGACCUGAUGUCAGUUGUGGUCCUCGGCCCCGACGGAAACCUGUUUGGUGCAGAAGUGAGCGACCAGCAGAAUGGUACUUACAUAGUGAGCUACAGGCCCCAGCUUGAGGGUGAGCACUUGGUGUCGGUGACAUUGUACAAUCAGCAUAUAGAGAACAGCCCCUUCAAGGUCGUGGUCAAGUCGGGCCGCAGCUACGUGGGCAUCGGGCUCCCCGGGCUGAGCUUCGGCAGUGAAGGUGACGGGGAGGGCAAGCUCUGCAGGCCCUGGGGCGUGAGUGUUGAUAAGGAGGGUUUCAUCAUAGUGGCUGACCGAAGCAAUAACAGAAUCCAGGUGUUUAAGCCCUGUGGUUCCUUCCACCACAAGUUUGGUACCCUUGGGUCUCGUCCUGGGCAGUUUGACCGACCGGCUGGGGUGGCUUGUGACGCCUCCCGCAGGAUCAUAGUGGCCGACAAAGACAAUCAUCGCAUUCAGAUCUUCACCUUCGAGGGCCAGUUCCUUCUUAAGUUUGGUGAGAAAGGCACCAAGAACGGGCAGUUUAACUACCCGUGGGAUGUAGCAGUGAAUUCUGAGGGCAAGAUCCUCGUUUCAGACACCCGGAAUCAUCGCAUCCAGUUGUUCGGACCGGACGGGGUCUUCCUGAACAAGUACGGCUUCGAGGGAUCUCUCUGGAAGCACUUCGACUCUCCACGGGGCGUGGCUUUCAACAAUGAAGGUCACCUGGUAGUCACCGACUUCAACAACCACCGGCUUCUGGUUAUUCACCCUGAUUGCCAAUCUGCCCGCUUCUUGGGUUCGGAGGGCUCGGGCAAUGGGCAGUUCCUGCGACCACAGGGUGUGGCUGUGGACCAGGAAGGGAGAAUCAUCGUAGCCGAUUCCAGAAAUCACCGCGUGCAGAUGUUUGAGGCCAAUGGCAGCUUCCUGUGCAAGUUUGGUGCUCAAGGGAGUGGCUUCGGGCAGAUGGACCGCCCCUCAGGUAUCGCGGUCACCCCGGAUGGAUUGAUCGUCGUGGUGGACUUUGGCAACAAUCGAAUCCUCAUCUUCUAAUUGUGUCUUCUGGGGUUUUCUGUGUUUAGGGUGUGCAUGUGUGUGUCUCUCAUUUUUGAAUUUCAAAGAAGAAAUCGUCUCAGGGAUAUUUCUUUUUCUUUUUCCCCCCCUUUAUUUUUAUUAUUUUUUUUUUUUUAAGAACAAAAGUACAACAUUGCCUAAGUCCUACCUCAGCUUAAAUUUUUUUUUUUUUUUUUUUUUUACAGAUGAAUGUAAUUCUCCUCUGUGCAGGGCUUGAGCCUGUGAAGUGAUAAUUUCUAUCUACCUCAACUCUUUGCAUUUCCCUCUCUGGCAAGCCUCUUGGCUCACAUCCUCUUCCCUCCUGAAGGCCUAGGAGGCACAGGACAGCGGUCCUGCAACCUUGAGGGCACUGGAAGCAUAUGGUGGGGUGCAUGCAUUUUGUAGAUUGAGCCAAGGAAACCCAAAAACUACUAAGUAAAAAAGAGAAGUAUAAGAUGUUGGAAAGAUAGGAUUUAAAAUUCAUAAUUGUAGUGUAUUUGUGUUCUUGAGAAUACUGUGUUUAUGUGGGGUUAGGUUGUGUGUGGUUUGCUCUUUUCUUUUUUAUCGAUGCAACAGGGCUUUUCUCUGUUUACCUCAGUGUGUCUGACAUCUCAUCCCUAGGAGAUAUGGCUGUGGCUUGCUAGCCUAGAAAAGCAGACCAUUCAUAUUUUCGGGUGUCUCAUCUUUGUAUCUGGUAAAGAAGGGUGGGUGUGUGGGAGUGUGUGUGUGCACACGCGUGCAUGUUUGUGUUUCAAAGCCAUCUUUGCUUGAGGAGAAAAGCUGGACUUGACACAAGACAUCCCAAGCAAAUUUCUUCCCAGUUUGCUAAGAAACUCGAUUUAGCUCAGGACUCUAGGUUGAAAGUGUUCGCAAAGGUUACGUGUCUGUGUUUUUGUUGUUUGUUAUAAAGACUUAGGUAUAAGAAAAUAAGUUAACCUUGUUCUCAGAGAGAGAGGGGCUUUUCAGAUGUGGACCAGGGUGCCACAGAAGUGGGGGGUGCUGGAGAAGUGAGGCACCCCCACAUCAGGGACUGUUCAGGAGGGCGGGGGACCUCGUCUCUAUGUGUGAGGGUGUGGUAGGCAAAGGGAUAGCUUUGAUUUGAGAAGCACAAUGUUUUUUCCUGCUUUGGAAGUUCAGGGAAUGUAGAAGAUUGUCUGACUGGUGGGAGCACCUCACUCCCUAACCCUUGGCUCAGGUCUGUUUCUCAGGAACCUUCCCUAAGUCUGAGUGGAGGCAGACCUCAAGGUUAACACAAAGCCCCGUUCCUCCCCCAAAGGCCUUUGAAUGUAAAGGAUUUACAAACCAAACCACCCAACAGGAAGUGUAGGACACAGUAUAUGUCUUUUUUUUUUUUUAAUUUUAUUUUAUUUAAAAAAA